UUUUACAAAGGCAGUCCACUCAACCUCGUCCCCAUAUGCACGAAUCACCCAACAACAGCAAGAACAACUUCAGGGUGAUAGCACAGCGCACAGAGUGAUUGAAUUGUGCUUUCUUUGUUCAGUAAUGUCUGAGGAAGUGACCUAUGCUACUCUCAAAUUUCCGAAUCCUUCUAAGUCAAAGAAACUCCAGGAAAGCUGCAGUCUCAAGAGAACAGAAUUGGAGCUGAAUGGUGCAGCUGAAAACAGACCAGAGGCAGCUGAGAGCACAAUUGAGGUGGCAGAGAGCAGAGCCAUGAAAGGACGUUCUAAUCCAUGGAAAGUGUGCAGCCUUGUGGCUUUCACUGUGCUGAUGCUUAAUUUAGCAGUGAUGGCUGGACUGGGAUAUCUGAUGUUAAUGGAUUACCAAAACCUCUCCUUCAGCAAUGGAACAGCACAUGACAAGCAACAAAACAUAACAGAACAGUUGGAGAAAAGUAUAACAUUAUAUCUGGAUAUGUAUAAAAAUAUCUCAAGUGAGCACAUUUCUUUCAAACAUACGUUAGAAAGCACAUUAAAAGAGUUGAAAGAGUAUACCUCAAAAUGCCACGAGAGAGUAAACCAGACGGACAAAGACCUCAGAUGUUGCUCAUGCUCAAAGGCAUGCGAAUGUCAGAAUGAGAGCAAAAGUAAUUCCUCCUCCCUGAGAUGUGACAGUGAAAUAUUUCAGAAUAGAACUCAGCUGUUCAUUACAUGUCUUCAAUCACCUGUCUCCUUGAAGGAUCUGAAUUGCACAUCCACCAAGAUGAAAGAAGAUGUCAUAGCAGCUCAUGUUUCAAAAUUAUGUAAUUUGACCUGUGAGUUAAUCUGUUCCUUCUAUCUUGUCAAUAAUGAAGGAAUGCCUGGUAUACUAAUUUUGAAUAUGUUUCUCUGACUAUCACCUGUGUAAAAGGAG